CGUAAUCCAAUAAACUCCAGUCCGUGUUUCCCCGGGAGCCCAUCUUCUGCCUCCCCUUGGCAGCGUUUGUUUACUGCCUGGGAGAAGAAGGGAAAAAAAACACACACACACACCCUGGGAGACCAUCUCCCUCUGUUUGUGCAAUAAGAAAGGCCAUUUAAAAGCUGCGAUAUAGCACAGAAGCUGUCGGACUUUGCUCCACUUUUUUUUUUUUUUUUUGGCGUGUCUGCCAUUUUAAAACAGCCAGCCAAGCGCCGACGACGAUGAUGAUGGUGGUGGUGAUGAUGAUGAUGAUGUGACGUUCACGUGAAAAGCAAACAAACGCGGAGCUCACUUCGCUGUCGCGUGGAACUGGAGGAAAAUCUCGGAAAUCUCAGCGCCUGAGCUCGCCUCGGAGUUCGGAAUAGAACCCACGCUCUUUGAGGACACUUUUUUGUUUGUUUGUUUGUUUUUUUUGUGGUCAUGUUUUGGCCCACGCUUGGCGCGCAUUCCGGGGACGGUUUGAUUUUUAUUUAUUUUUUCCACGAAACUCACGCGAACGUCACGCCACGCGUGCCAGCAGCCACCUGGACUCACAUCUGUUAAACAGCGCAGAAUUAGAUGAAAUGUCGUAUUUUUUGUUGAAUUAUUUAUCAUUGGUGAGGAGAGAGCAGCACCUUUUUUAGAUGAUAUUGUGAUAUCGAGUGCCCGCGACGCAAACUUUUACGCGCGUGGCCUGGCUGGCUACUUUUGACAGCUAGCUCUUUAGCUCCAGGUUGCUAACGUUAGCCUCCUGUCAACGCCGCAUUUGGGGGUCUCUCAAGCGGGGGUGAGUCGGAGCCGCGAAUCCGCUCGAGGACCGCGGAGUCGCCGGAAGGGGCUCUGUUUAGCUCGUCUUUAGCAUUAGCUUUAGCCGCGGUGUGCGGAGCGAACACGUUGGACUCGUUCCUCCGCCCAUCUUCCGGGAUGUCGUUUAUUCAAUUUUGUUUACUCGCUGGCUCGCGCCGCAAAAGCGAAACAAUUUCCUGAAGAAGAAGAAUUACAACCCGUAACAAACACCUCCUCCUCCUCCAUCGCUCCCCCCCUCCCAACCCUCCACCUCUCCCACCCCCCGCUCGCCACAAGAAGGAUUACUCGGGCAGUUUUGGGCUGAGUGGCGGAUGGUGCUCGAGAGCGAGUCAGUUAUGUGGCUCCGGACUUUGGCUCUUGUUUUGGCCGCAGCCUGCUUCGUCGCCACAACCGCAGAGAUCUGCCCGAGCAAGGACAUCCGCAACAAUGUAACCAACCUCAACUCGCUGGCCAACUGCACAGUCAUCGAAGGCCACCUGAAGAUCAUCCUCAUGUUCGGGACCAAGCCCGAGGAUUUCCGGGGUCUGGCCUUCCCCAAGCUGACGGUGGUGACCGACUACCUCCUGCUGUUCCGCGUGUACGGCAUGGAGAGCCUCAGCGACCUCUUCCCCAACUUGACGGUGAUCCGUGGCAACAACCUGUUCUUCAACUACGCCCUGGUGGUGUUUGAGAUGCUGCAGCUGCGCGAGCUAGGCCUCCACAGCCUGAUGAACAUCACGCGUGGAGCCGUCAGGAUCGAGAAGAACCCGGACCUGUGCUACCUGUCCACGCUGGACUGGUCCAAGAUCCUGGACUCGGUGGAGGACAACUACAUCGUGGCCAACAAGAACGACAGGGAGUGCGGGGACGUGUGCCCCGGGGCGUCGGUGGGGAAGACCACAUGCCAGACCACCACCAUCAACGGACAUUUCAGCGAGCGCUGCUGGACGCAAAAGCACUGCCAGAGAAUGUGUCCUGUCCAUUGCAAACACCGUGCCUGCACCCUGGACCAGCAGUGCUGCCACGAACAGUGCCUCGGCGGUUGCAUGGAACCGCAGUCCGCCGCGCACUGCGUGGCCUGCCGGGGCCUCCGGCACCGGGGCGGCUGCGUGGAGCGCUGCCCUGAUGGCUACUACACCUUCAAGGGCUGGCGGUGCGUCUCCUUUGCCUUCUGCCAAGAGCUCCACGACAGUUGCAAGCGGGAGAAGGAGCGCAGCAAGAGCCCCGAGUGCCACGAGUACGUCAUCCACAACGGCGCGUGCAUCCCCGAAUGUCCCUCCGGCUACACCACCGUCAACUCGUCAGCGCUGAACUGCACGCCGUGCGCCGGGCUGUGCCCCAAGGUGUGCAUGGGUCUGAAAACGGUGGACUCGGUCACGGCGGCGCAGGCGCUGAGGGGCUGCACCAUCCUCAACGGCAGCCUUGUCAUCAACCUGCGUGGAGGAAACAAUAUAGCGGCAGAGCUGGAGGCCAGCCUGGGUCAGCUAGAGGAGAUCACCGGCUACCUGACCGUGCGGCGCUCCUACGCCCUGGUUUCCCUGUCCUUCUUUCGCAAGCUGCGCAUCAUUCGCGGGGAGGAGACGGAAAUUGGCAAUUACUCCUUCUACGCCCUGGACAACCAGAAUCUGCGACAGCUCUGGGACUGGUCCAAGCACAAGCUGAGGAUCCUCCAGGGACGCAUGUUCUUUCACUACAACUCCAAACUGUGCAUGUCCGAGAUCCGCAAGAUGGAGGAGGUCGCCGGCACCCGGGAGCGCAGGAAUGACAUCGCAUCCAAGACCAACGGCGACCAAGCCUCGUGCGAGAAUCACGUGCUGAAGUUCACCCAGAUCCGCACCAUGAGCGAUAAGAUCAUGGUCAAGUGGGAACCCUUCUGGCCUCCAGACUUCAGAGACCUGCUGGGCUUCAUGGUGCUCUAUAAAGAGGCGCCUUUCCAGAACGUGACCGAGUUCGACGGGCAGGACGCGUGCGGCUCCAACAGCUGGGUGAUCGCAGACGUGGAACCCCCGCCCCGUUCCACCGAGGGCGACAGGGUCCACUUUGAGCCGGGCCACCUCAUCCUGCCCCUCAAGCCCUGGACGCAGUACGCCAUCAUGGUAAAGACGCAGCUCUCCGCCUCCGACGAGCACCAGGUCAACGGGGCCAAGAGCGACAUCAUCUACGUGCGCACCAACGCCACCAAACCUUCGGUGCCCCUGGACCCCAUCUCGUCGUCCAACUCGUCCUCCCAGAUCAUACUGAAAUGGAAGCCCCCCAACGACCCCAACGGCAACAUCACACACUACCUGGUCUUCUGUCAGCGGCAGGCCGAGGCCAGCGAGCUCUACAAGUUCGACUACUGUCAGAAGGGGAUGAAGCUGCCCUCGCGGGUCCCCACGCAGGUGGACGGCGAGGAGGAGCAAAAGUGGAACCAGACGGAGGAGCAGGGCCCCGGGACGGGAUGCUGCACCUGCCCCAAGACCGACAAGGAGCUCAAGAAGGAGAAGGAGGAACUGGAGUACCGCAAAACCUUUGAGAACUACCUCCACAAUGAAGUCUUUGAGAUGAAACGCUCAAGACAACGGCGCUCCGCGGUGGGCGUGGCCAACCAUACGCGCCUAAUCCCCACCGCCGCCUCCGGCAGGCCGUUUACCACCGCCAUCCCCGAGGAGGAGGAGACGUUCGAGAGCACCAAGACGGUGGUCACCGUGCUGGCCAAAGAGUCCACGGUCAUCUCCAACCUGCGUCACUUCACCAGCUACCAGAUCGAAAUCCACGCCUGCAACCACCCCAAUGACUCGGCGCGCUGCAGCAUGGCGGCCUACGUCAGCGCCCGCACCAUGCCUGAAGACAAAGCCGACGACAUCACGGGCCCCAUCAAGUACGAGGUGUCCGACAUGACCGCGCACAUCACCUGGCAGGAGCCCGCCGCCCCCAACGGCAUGAUCAUCCUGUACGAAGUUAAUUACAAGCGCAUCGGGGACAGCGAGGAGCUGCACCACUGCGUGUCCAGGAACAUGUACAAAGCCACGCGGGGCUGCAAGCUGCGGGUGAUGCACUCCGGGAACUACACGGUGAGGAUCCGAGCCACCUCCCUGGCAGGGAACGGCUCGUGGACCGAACCCACGUACUUCUAUGUGCAGGACGCCAGAGAUCCUCUCAACAUCGCGAAGAUUGUGAUCGGACCGGUCAUCUGCGUGCUGGUGCUGUUUGUAGCCUUGGUGGGAUUUGCCAUGUUCAAGAAAAACCAAACUCAAGGACCCAGCGGUCCCAUCUACGCCUCGUCCAACCCUGAGUACCUCAGCGCGAAUGACAUGUACGAGGAGGAUGAGUGGGAGGUGGCCCGCGACAAGAUCAAAAUCCUGCGGGAGCUGGGCCAGGGCUCGUUCGGCAUGGUGUACGAGGGCAUCGCCAAGGACAUCAUCAAAGGCGAGGGCGAGACCCGCGUGGCGGUCAAGACGGUCAACGAGUCGGCCAGCCUGCGCGAGAGGAUCGAGUUUCUCAACGAGGCCUCCGUCAUGAAGGCCUUCAGCUGCCACCACGUGGUGCGUCUGCUCGGGGUGGUCUCCAAAGGCCAGCCCACCCUGGUGGUGAUGGAGCUGAUGACCCACGGCGACCUGAAGAGCUACCUGCGCUCCCUCCGCCCUGACGCCGAGAACAACCCGGGGCGUCCGCCUCCCACGCUGAAGGAGAUGAUCCAGAUGGCGGCCGAGAUCGCCGACGGCAUGGCGUACCUCAACGCCAAGAAGUUUGUGCACCGCGACCUCGCCGCCAGGAACUGCAUGGUGGCGCAAGACUUCACCGUCAAAAUAGGAGAUUUUGGCAUGACCCGAGACAUUUACGAAACGGAUUACUACCGUAAAGGAGGGAAGGGCCUUCUGCCCGUCAGGUGGAUGGCACCCGAGUCUCUGAAAGACGGAGUGUUCACCGCACAUUCCGACUGCUGGUCGUUCGGGGUGGUUCUGUGGGAGAUCAGCACGCUCGCCGAGCAGCCCUACCAAGGCCUCUCCAACGAGCAGGUGCUCAAGUUUGUCAUGGACGGAGGAUACUUGGACCGACCGGACAACUGCGCGGACAGACUACACAACCUGAUGCAGAUGUGCUGGCAGUACAACCCCAAGAUGCGGCCGUCCUUCCAGGAGAUCAUCGAGAUGCUGCGGGACGACCUCCACCCGUCCUACCGCCAGCGCUCCUUCUUCUACAGCGACGACAACAAGCCGCCCGAGAGCGCCGACGACCUGGACCUGGACGUGGAGAACAUGGAGAGCAUUCCCCUGGACCCCUCGUCCUACUCGCAGCGGGACCUCCGCUGCUGCCCCCCCGAACUGGACGGGGGCGGGGGAAGUUACGAGGAGCACCACAUCGCCUUCGCCCACAUGAACGGCGGCAAGACCAAUGGACGCAUCCUGGCUCUGCCGCGCCACAGCCCCACCUAACCGGACACCCCCACAUGUUCCGUUCUUUUAUUUUGAUUUUUUUAUAUAUAUAUAUAUAUAUAUAUAUAUAUAUAUAUAUAUAUA